AUGGUAAUCUCUAUGUUCUCGCAAGAGGCUAAUGUAUCAGAUCUGUGGAAGCUGGAUGCUUUAGGCAUUACCGACCCCUUAGAAAGCGUUACAAAGGAAGCACGUCAAGAAGGUCGUUACGAAGUCCUUUUGCCUUGGAAAGAAAAUCAUCCACCUUUGCAAGACAACAGAGAUUUAGCUGAGAAGAGAUUGAACUAUGUUACGAAAAAACUACGGCACCAGAACCUAUUUGACGAAUACAAUGCAGUUCUGAAUAAUUGGCUCACCGAGGAUAUUAUAGAGAAAGUACCCAUACAGGAGGUUACGCGGAAGGAAUUUUACCUUCCACAUAGACCGGUUAUCAAAAUAGAAGGAACCACCAAAAUUCGACCGGUCUUUGAUGCUUCAGCUAAGAUGGGAGAUUCGCCUUCUCUCAAUCAAUGUCUGGAGGCUGGGCCCAACCUUAUUGAACUCAUCCCGACGCUACUUCAUAGGUUUUGA